UAUGGGGCCAUGUUCAUCAUAAUAAAGAAAGCCUGCAGCAAAUGAUUAGCCUUUGGUAGUUGAUACUAAACAACCGAAUACGGAAGAGUUUAAAGUAGGUCCCAAUAUCUUUGCAACAUUAAAAUAAGGUUCUAUAAGUAGCUUUUAUAAAAUUGAGAAAAGUUUGGGUUCAGGUAGUUAAAAAUCAUAAAUUAGGGGCCUUUGGAGAAGUAAGGUUGGUUAUACAUAGAAAUUCUGGAUAUAAGAGAGCAAUGAAACAAAUAAGAAAGGAUAAAAUAAUAAAAGAAGAUGAAGAAAAUAUGUUUUCAGAAGUAAAUACAUUAAAGGAGUUGGAUCAUCCAAAUAUAGUGAAAUUACAUGAAUUGUUUUAGGAUGCAAAAAAUUAUUAUCUAGUAACUGAGUAAGAGUCAAGAAUAUAUCUAGAUAUUUAGAAGGAGGGGAGUUAUUUUAAAAGAUUACCGAUAUGAAACAUUUUACAGAAAAAAUGGCUGCAGAUAUUAUGAAAUAAAUUUUGGCUGGUGUUGUUCAUUGUCAUGAAAAGAAAGUAGUCCAUAGAGAUUUGAAACCUGAAAAUAUACUUUUUGAAAGUAAAAAACCAAACUCAAAUCUAAAGAUUAUUGAUUUUGGAACUUCAAGAAAGAUGGAUGGCAAUUAAAAUCUUACAAAGAGAUUAGGAACUGUAAUAUUAAAAAAUAUUUAAGCCUUAUUAUAUUGCACCUGAAGUCUUAAAGAGAAAUUAUAAUGAGAAAUGUGAUGUUUGGAGUUGUGGAGUGAUUUUAUAUAUUAUGCUUUGUGGAUAUCCUCCAUUUGGUGGUUAAGAUUAAGAAAUAUUGUAAAAUAUAGAAAUUGGAAAAUAUGAAUUUGAUCGUAAGAUUUUAAAAUAAUAAAAUUGUAUAGCUGAAGAUUGGAGUAAAAUAUCAGAAGAUGCUAAGAAUUUAAUUAAAAGAAUGUUAACAAAAGAAUAUUAAUAAAGAAUUUCUGCAUAAGAAGCAUACAAUGAUCCUUGGAUUUAAAAAAAUGCACCAAACGGACCAAUAGAUUUGAAAGCAAUUAAAAAUUUAUCUUCAUUUUUUGUAUCUUUUUAUUUCUAUUUUAGGGUAAAAAUAAAGUUAGAGCUGCUCUAAUGUAAUUUAUUUCAACUAAUUUAAUGACAAAUACAGAGAAAGAAGGUUUAUUAAAUGAAUUUAAAAAAAUUGAUAAAGAUGGAAAUGGAUAAAUAAGUAAAGAAGAAUUGCUUUAAGGUAAAUUUAUAUAUUUUUAACUUUAGUUUAUAUGAAAUAAUAUGAUGAAAUCAAAGCAAAAUAAAUGGUUGAUGAUAUUUUUGAAAAAGUUGAUAUUAAUAGAUCUGGAUUUGUAGAUUUUACAGAAUUUAUGAUGUCAGCAGCCUCUGAAGAAAAAUUAUUGAGCAAGAUUAGAUUAUAAUAAGCAUUCAAUAUGUUUGAUACUGUAAUAUAUUUUAUAUAAAUUAUCAAGAAUGGAGAUGGAUAGAUAAGUAGAGAUGAACUUUAAGAGAUUAUGGGAGGAGUAGAUGAUAAUUUAUGGAAAGAAAUUCUUUAAAUGUGUGAUGCAAAUGGAGAUGGUUAGAUUUCAUAAUAAGAAUUUAUUGAUUUCUUAGUGAAAAAAUAUUAACAAUGAUA